CAGUUUCUUUUUGAGUCUGUAGAAUAUUUGUUCAGUUAGUAAAAUGAUUCGGUAUAGUUCACACAUACGUAUCUCACUAGCGUUAGUUUUAGUUUCAAUUUUUUUGUUUCAAGAUGUGAAUGCAGCAAAGAAGAAAAUACCUAAUUUUGUUAAAUUAUGCAGUCGAUCAUCACCCAAAGAAGAAAUUCAAAAAUGCAUGGCUGAUAAUAUUGAAACAUUCAAACCACAUUUAAGUGCUGGUAUUCCCGAAAUGCGUCUUAGAGAAUUAGACCCUUUAUUUUUAGAGAAGGUUGUGAUGGAAGUGCCCAAUUUCCAUAUUGAUUUUACCAACACUACAGUUAACGGAGCAUCAAACUUUAAAGUGCUCAAUAACUCAAUCAACUUUAAUGAAAAUUUUCUCAGCCUGGGCUUAAAUUUUCCAUUUGUGCGCAUGGAAGGCGAUUAUCAAAUAUCUGGCAAAUUGUUGGUAAUACAACUUGAAAGUAAAGGAACAUUUUGGUUAAAUACUUCUAAUAUUGAUAUGUAUGUUGAACUGCAUGGGAAACGUCAAGAAAAAAACGGAAAAAUGUAUUUGGAUUUCAACGACAAAUCAAAAAACAGUAUACAGUUGAACAUUAUUGAUACACCACUCAUUCACUUCAACAAAUUAUUCGAGAACAAUGAAGAACUAACCAAGACAACAAACGUCAUAAUCAACGAUAAUGUCAGGGAAAUCAUUAAAGAAUUGAUGCCAAUUGUAAAUGAAAUUCUCGGAUCGUUUGUCUUCAAUACAGUGCAGACUAUUUUUAAUACAUUUACAAUUGACGAAUUAUUUUUACAAUAAAUAAAUAUACUCAUGCAACUUUAUGUUGCAUGCUAUAUGUUACAACGGCAAUUUUGUACAUUAUAUUUAUAAAGUGAGAAGACAUAUUGCACUUUAAUCACCACUUUUAAUUUUUGGGAAAUGAAACUGACAUUUUUAUAAUGUACGAGUUUGCACGAUGAAAUAUCUAGAAUUGUUUUCGAUGGCCGAAAAGUGAAUGCAUUCGGGCAUGAUCAAGUGCAGUUUCAAUUUUUAAUUCAAUUGACUCGGAAUUAAAUGCAAAAGUGUUGUUUGAUGAAACAGGACUAUUUAAGGAAAUACGACAUGCACAGUAAUAGUAUUCAUACUGUAAUAAAGAGAAAUUAUGUCAUUACCGUA